AUGGCAAUGUGUUGGUGUGUUGUGUAGGAAGCGGGAUUCUUUUCAGCUGCAAACUCACACGGUGGAGGAGUGAAGUGACAGAUUCAGUCUGAAGUCGGUGAUUAAAGAGCGGCGGGAUGUUCGCGGGGCUGCCGGAGCUCGGCAUCUCUAACGGAGAGGACCUGAAGGAAACUCUCACCAACUGCACCGAGCCGCUGAAAGCCAUCGACCAAUUCCAGAUGGAAAAUGGCAUCCUGCUGCCGACCCUCCAGUCUGCUCUUCCUUUCCUCGACCUCCACGGGACGCCUCGGCUCGAGUUCCACCAGUCUGUCUUUGACGAGCUUCGAGAGAAGCUGAUGGAGCGAGUGGCCAUCAUUGCAGAGGGCAAGGACGAGGACAGAUAUGGAAAGCUUGAAGAGCUGCUGGAGAAGAGCUUUCCUCUCGUCAAAAUGCCGUCCAUCCAGCCAGUGGUGAUGCAGGUGCUCAAGCAUCUUCCCAAGGUACCGGAGAAGAAACUGAAGAUGGUGAUGGCUGAUAAGGAGCUGUACAAGGUGUGUGCUGUGGAGGUGAAACGGCAGAUCUGGCAGGACAACCAGGCUCUGUUUGGGGAUGAAGUGUCUCCCCUCCUAAAGCAGUACAUUGUUGAGAAGGAAGCAGCUCUGUUCAGCAGCGACCUUUCCAUCCUGCACAACUUCUUCAGCCCUUCUCCCAAAACACGACGCCAAGGCGAGGUGGUCUUAAAGCUGACACAGAUGAUCGGAAAGAACGUGAAGCUAUACGACAUGGUGCUGCAGUUUUUACGAACACUCUUUCUGCGAACGCGAAAUGUCCAUUACUGCACACUGAGAGCAGAGCUGCUGAUGUCUCUGCACGACCUGGACAUUAGUGAGAUCUGCUCUGUGGACCCCUGUCAUAAGUUCACGUGGUGUUUAGACGCCUGCAUCCGGGAGAAGUUUGUGGACGGCAAGCGAGCCAGAGAGCUGCAGGGCUUCCUGGAUGGAGUGAAGAAAGGACAAGAGCAAGUCCUCGGGGACCUGUCCAUGAUCCUGUGUGACCCAUUUGCUUGUAACACCCUGGUCCUGAGUAUCAUGAGGAACCUGCAGGAGCUGCUGAGUCAGGAUGCUUUACCCAGGGACAGUCCAGACCUGAUGCUGCUGCUGAGGAUGCUGUCUCUGGGUCAGGGAGCGUGGGACAUGAUUGACAGCCAGGUGUUUAAAGAGCCUCGUUUGGAUUUGGAGGUGGUGACCCGCUUCCUGCCUGCCAUGAUGUCAGUAGUUGUUGAUGAUCACACGUUCAUCGUGGAACAGAAGCUUCCCAGUGAAGAGAAGAGUUCGUUAACAUACCCCACCACCCUGCCUGAUGCCUUCAACAGGUACCUGCAGGAGAACAGAGUGGCCUGUGAAAUGGGUCUUUACUACGUCCUUCACAUCGCCAAACUGAGGAACAAGAAUGCCUUACAGAGGUUACUCCCCCUCCUCGUGGAGACCUACAAUGACAUGGCCUUUGGUGAUAUCUUCCUGCACCUGCUGACGGGACAUCUCACCCUUCUCUCUGAUGAGUUUGGAUCCGAGGACUUUUGUUCUGUUGUUUUCGAUGGCUUCCUUCUUACAUCUUACUCCAGUAAAGAGAACGUCCACAGACACACCCUCCGGAUGUUGCUGCAUCUCCACCACAAAGUGCUGCCAUCAUACAUGGAAACCUUGAUGAAAACUCUUGAACCUCCAAAACAGAGCAGCGAGCCGGUGAAGGAGCUGUACACCCAGCUAACGGAGAAGUUGGACGCCCAGAAGAAGAGUCCCCCGCCACCAGAUGAAACUCCAUCUCUGGAUCUGGGGCUGCACCCGGUGACUGUCUCCACCACCGCCUCCACCCCAACCACGCCUCUAUGAGCUCCAGCAGAAAUUACUGACUAAAGACAGCCACCAGCUGGCUCGUACAUUUUCAAAAAGACUGAGCUUUUUACAUUGUUAUUUGUUCUAUGAUUUUUUCAUGGAGGUUUAUUUUCUUUAGAUGUUUGUGUCUGAGUGGGUAGUCCAGGAGCCAUCUGCUUGUCAUUGCAGGGGGUUUUCUAAAGUUGUGCAUUGUUGUCAGAACAUACAGUAUUUUCAUAUGUAAUUAGACUAUCAGUGUGUUACACUUGAUUUGUGUCAGUAGUGCGACACCUGUAAAUAAAUGACGAUUUAGCUA